GCCAACUUAAUCGAUUAGUAAGCAGAAUUAUCCGAAGUCUGCUUGUAGCCGCAUUUUCACUAUUAUUCUAAAUUUUAAAUUGAAGUAAGUUCAAUUUAUUUUAACUAGCGAAGGAAAACAUCAGGUCUAGGAAAGACAUUGCAUUAAGAUCUUUCAUACGCGUUAAAAAAAGCACUGUAAAAUGGAUAAUUACUUGUUUGAAGGCGGUCGCAUCUCCAAAAUGGAGGUGGAUUAUUCACCUGCCUGUGAUGAGAAAAUUCCUUUAGCCAAAGAUAUGGCCAAAAAUAAUCCUGAAGCUUUCCAUGAUGCUAUAGAGUUGCUGUUGCAGCUGGAAAAGCAAUCACGUUUGGGCUCUGAUAUGGUCUCUUGCUCACGCGUACUAGUCGCAAUUUGCCAGAUCUGCUUCGAGGCUCAAAACUGGAAUGCUUUGAACGAAUAUGUUUCAUUAUUAGCGCGCCGGCGUUCGCAGUUGAAGCAAGCUGUAUCAAAGAUGAUACAAGAAUGCUGCACUUAUGUAGAUAAAACGCCUGACAAGGCCACUAAAUUGAAGCUAAUUGACACAUUGCGGACAGUCACUGAAGGCAAAAUUUAUGUAGAAAUCGAACGCGCCCGUUUAACAAAAAUUUUGGCUGAUAUCAAGGAGGCCGAUGGCGACAUUGCUGGCGCUGCCUCUGUUAUGGAAGAACUACAAGUCGAAACAUAUGGUUCAAUGGAUAAGCGCGAAAAAGUUGAAUUGAUUUUAGAACAAAUGAGGCUUUGUCUACUAAAAGAAGACUUUGUAUCAACACAAAUCAUAGCCAAGAAGAUAAGCAUAAAAUUCUUCGAUGACCCAGCACAGCAUGACUUAAAGUUAAAAUUCUACAACUUAAUGAUUCGGUUAGACCGCGACACUUCAUUCUUAAAGACCUCGCGCCAUUAUCAGGCAAUCGCUGAACCACCGCGUCCAGCACCUGCAGUGCCAGAUCUGACUGAAGAAGAGAAGAAGAAAUUGAGUGAGGAAGAUAAAAAGAAGCGCGAAGAUGAACUCAAGGCUGCUGCUGUAGCAGCCGCUGCCUUGACGGCGGUAGAAUUGACUCCCGAACAAGAAAAGGAACAAAAGGAGAAACUCAUUUGUGCUGUGCUAUAUUGUGUACUAGCGCCGUACGACAACGAACAAAGUGAUAUGAUGGCGCAUUUGUCGAAAAAUAAGAAACUUGAGGACAUACCCGCCUACCGUGAAAUAUUACGCUUGUUCAUGUCAAAAGAGCUAAUAAAUUUCGAUACAUUCAACGCUGAUUUUGGCAGCGUAUUAGCAGAGAAUGAAAUGUUUGUGGACAGCACAAAACAUGGUCGCAAAUGUAUUGCUGAACUGAAGGAUCGUCUUAUGGAGCACAACAUUCGCAUUAUCGCAAUGUACUACUCGCGCAUCCACCUUCAACGCAUGAGUGAGUUACUGAACUUACCUUCAAAUCGCUGCGAAGAAUAUCUUUCAAAAUUAGCGAAUAGCGAUACCAUACGCGUUAAAAUUGAUCGGCCCGUGGGAAUUGUUUAUUUCACCACCAAGAAGAGUGCUUCCGAUAUACUGAACAAUUGGGCGAACGAUGUGAACCAACUGAUGUCAUUGGUGAACAAGACUUGUCAUCUAAUCAACAAAGAAGAGUGCAUUCAUUCAGCAAUUGGUGUAGCUGUUGAAGAGUAGAUUAAUUGCAAAUAAUGGUACUUUUUUCAUAACGUAAUGUUCGCAAAAGCUGAUUUAAUUUUAACUUACAAUACCUACUAAUUUAAAUGCCCCGAAAAAUGCAUUUCACACAGAAUAAAUAUACGUAUUAUUUGAGUGUAGGCAUUUGCAUCGAAAUAAAAAAAAAAAUGUGUGCAAGCUUAAAAAAAUAUUUCUUU